CUCACACACUGCGCUCUCCAUUUAAGACUAGAAUUCUAUAGAAUGGACACUCAAUUCAGCCGUUGAGCUAGAAAUGAGAUCUUGACCAGUGUGUGCACAUAAAUUAUUCAGCUACUUGAACCGUGCACACAGGAAAGGGAGAAAUAACAAACUGCAACUGGUGUGAUGAUGAAUGCUGACGAUUGCAAUGGCCGUUCGUACAUGUCAGGUAGUGGAGAUUCUUCAACAGAGCGGGAGUUUUUCGCAGGGCUGAGAGGACCCACCGUGAGCACACCAAACAGUCAACAAUCCUCACCCAGCCGUUCACUCAGUGCGAACUCCAUCAAGGUGGAGCUGUAUAGUGACGAGGAGGCAGCUGGUGCUCCGCUGGCGGAAAGGAGAGUCGGGGAGAAGGAUGAAGGAUGGAAAGAUGAAAAGGGCGAGUUGGCAGAAGAUGGUGGCGUGGAGAUGGUCGGCGGUACGCGGGGGCAGGCCGGUAGCGGCUGCGGGGAGAUGGCCAGCUCUGAGCCCGCAUCCCCAGGUCCCAUUCGGCUGCCCAACGGGAAACUUAAAUGUGAUAUAUGUGGGAUGAUCUGCAUUGGACCCAAUGUUCUAAUGGUGCACAAGCGGAGCCAUACAGUCUUGGUCUCGGUAGGUGAGCGGCCAUUCCAAUGUAACCAGUGCGGGGCCUCCUUCACUCAGAAGGGCAACUUGCUGCGCCACAUCAAGCUCCACUCUGGCGAGAAGCCCUUCAAAUGUCCCUUUUGUAACUACGCCUGUCGCCGCCGUGACGCCCUGACAGGACACCUCCGCACCCACUCCGUGUCCUCCCCUACAGUAGGGAAGCCCUACAAGUGCAGUUACUGUGGCCGCAGCUACAAGCAGCAGAGCACCCUGGAAGAACAUCGUGAGCGCUGUCACAGCUACCUACAGAGUCUGGACCACCAGCCUGCUCACAACACCCAGCCUGCACACGGUGAAGACUCCCAUAACGUUGAGAUGAUGUCUGAACCUCUGAUCCAGUCCUCCUCAGAGAAAAUGACCUUCAUUGAUCGGCUGGCCAAUAGCAUCACCAAGAGGAAGAGAUCUACACCUCAGAAGUUUCUGGGUGAAAAGCACAUGCGACUGAAUAUAUCCGAAGCACCUUAUGAACUCGACCCCAAUCCUGAUAAAGAAGGGGACAUGUUGCUUUCGCACCCUGAGGGUGACCCCGCUGCUUUAGCAGGCAUGGGAGGGCGUUUCCUGCGGGGACCGAGAGGAGGUAGCAACGAUGUGGAUCCUCCCCACUCCCUGCGGAUGCCUCCCCACUCCGCCUGCCUCUCAGAGUUCACCCCCGUCAUCAGCUCCGUCUACCCUCACAUAACCCCUCUAGGGCAGCGUCUAAACUGUGCAGGGGGCAUCUCCAUGGGCCUGGCCGGGAGGGAGGCCGGCGAGGGCCACGAAGAUGCGCCCUCCACCCGCAGCCGCGCCGCUUCGCCGAGCAACGGUUACCAAGAUUCGACGGACACCGAGAGCAUGGCGGAGGAACAGUGCGUCAUCACCUCGGUGCCACCGGGAACCUUGAACCACCGCGGGCGCGAGCGGCACAGUCCUAGUCACGCCAAAGAAACGGACAUGGAAGGGGACAGGGAGAAAGGGGUCCCUGGGGGUUUACCAACCAAGGUGAGCCCACGCUCGCCGUCAGCGAGGGAAGCCAUGCAGGUGGUGGACGGGGAAGGGCGGCCAGUGCGCUCUUUCCGCUGCGAGCACUGUCGCAUUUUCUUCCUGGACCAUGUCAUGUUCACCAUCCACAUGGGCUGCCACGGCUUCCGCCAGCCCUUCGAGUGUAACAUCUGCGGCCACCGCAGCCAGGACCGCUACGAGUUCUCCUCGCACAUUGUCCGCGGGGAGCACCAGAUUGGCUGAGGUGGGCUUGCAGCCGGCGGAGGUCGAGACUGGGGGGAGAUGUACAGAGAGUUGUAUGCUGCUUUGAGAUGGCGUCAUGGCGUCUAGUUCGGUCUGCACCAGAUUGGGGCACAUUAGCACUUGCUUUUAUAGUUAGCGGACAUCAUAUUUUACCGUCGAAGGCUAAUCGCUUGGGUACAUACAUAAAACGUGCAAUUGCGUCCCGUGUUUCAACGGGAUUCAAACGGGGGACGUAUCCUCCGAUUGCACUCCCACACAGAGUCAUUCAUCGCAAGACGCAGCUGUUUUGCUUUAGAAGUGCCUUCCUUCCGUGGGGUUUAUUUUUUAUCAGUUCAGAAGAGAAAUUCGAGGUGUGAGAUUAGCUCUAUACUCAUUCGUUCGGUGGCGUUUACACAGAGUCUGCCUCUUGAAGAGAGAAAGACGAUGAACUGCUUAGACGUCCAAAGUGUGGACUCUUUUCAGAAUGGUUUUCCAAAGUUUCUGAGCCUGUUAAACAAGAGAAAUCUAUGCCUAGGAGUAUUCACACAAACUUUGUGCUCUUUUA